CUCGGUGGAGCCUCUCGGUGGAAUUGCUCGUUGAUCGAUCGAGCGACAUCGUCGGGUAGUCUCGCGAGGAGUAUCUGUCGCGCAGCCAGUCGAGGAUCAGCAUUUUCGGAGCCGAGCUCCGAAACGACUGCGCAACGCCGCCAUCUUAGCGUGAGCACAUUUUUGCGAAUUGGAUCUGCACGCAGCUCAUAAGCAGAGGAACGUGGCAGGUGCCGAGGAACAAACGUUUUUUUGCGUAGCACCGCAUCUCCAUCUGCUAGGUGACAAUCCCGCACCACGGAUGAGCACCACACCGAAGAAACAUCAGCGCGCAAAGUGACUUUUCGCAGGAGAGUGGCUUUUUCUUUUCCGUUUCCUAAUUUGCGGGUGAUCAGGACCGGGGCAUACUACCACGCGUCAGCGGUAACGUGUACCGGCACUAUGAGUAAAAUGCUAGACACAAACUAUCGCAUGUUCUCUGUACUUAGAAGUCCCGAGGAGGGUGAAGAGUUUAAACGGAUCAUCUGAAAGAAUUGCGCAACGAAACGGUUUUCCCGUCAUCGUUUUUCCGCGAGGACGAUCGUGCGUUCGCAAAAGUGUCAGAUUCGUGUCUAUGUUUUUCGCAUAGAGAAGUCUCUUCUCGUUUCUAUGCGAAUUCCUUAUCUUUGAGACGUCACUAUUGACGUAAUCGUUAGUAUAUUAAUAGAUUCGUGACUCGUGGAGUCUGAAAAACCAUUCUUUGUCGUAACGUCGCGUAAUCUUAUUCCUCAUAUCGAUCGAUUAGAUCGGGAAAAAAAGCUGCGUUUAUUUAGAUCGAUCGAAACUCGAUAAUUUUAUCCUGAGAAGGAACAAACUCUCAGACUCUUCAAGGAGGAAAAGCUGGACAUAUAGUGCACGUGUGAGAAACCAUUGACCUUUCUGCCGAUCGAGAUAUCCCGACGGCAACCCCGGAUACUUUUAUAACCCGUAAUGUAUUUGCGAUCGCGCCAACGAGCAGCACAAGGGAGGCACGAGCACACAAGAGAGGCGAUAGGAGCUAGCUUAGCGGCCGCGUGCGGUCGCACGGAUCCCGGGUCGUCGUUGUCCUCGGGAAGCAAAGGCGGGAUAAAGAGGAGAGUAACGGCGUGCCGUUACCACGAUCUAGCAUUAGCACCGCAGCCGCAGCCGCAGCCGCAACCGCGGCCGCUACGAAGCGGCUCCGCAGGCAGGGGUGCAGAUUCGGAUCUGGUGUGCCUGAAACGCGGCAUGAGCGAAGGUGAACGGGCGGCGAUCACGCCUCGAAUCGGCUGGCGAAAGCUCACCGAUCCCGGCGACUGACACGAAUCCAGGAAACCGAGGGCAGGUUCGAAGCGAUAGCAUCAGCUACCGUCACUCGCUCAUCAGCAACCUCGUUCGCCUGUCGCUCCUCCGACGAUCAUAAUCGCUCUCGAUAUCCGUAGGAUAAUACCUACGCCAUCGUCAUCGUCGUCGAGUCGCUUGUGUCAGCUCGAUGCCGGCCAGAUGCCGGAGAACGCGCCACCGAGACCCGCCACGAGAACCUUGAAGAGGGACCCCGAAAUGGCGGGCAAUCGGUGUCGGUAGCAGACGGGGUUAACGUCCCCAAGAACACAAACGUUGGAGCGAUUCUCAUCGCAUCUCGUCGUACCGUGCAACACACCGAUCGUCUUCGGCAAUCCCAUUCUCCCUCUUCUUCUUCCCCCUCGUGUCUCUACGUCCCGGCUGAACUUUCGGUCACAUAGAAGUGACGAAACUCUGUCGCGUAAUAAGCGAAGCAAUUUUCAAGAGUUGUCACAUAGACAAUAAUAUCCUUUAGACAUUAAGGCUAGUGUUUAAAAUAAUAUGAAAUAGUGAAGAUAGCAGAAAGCGUGGGAGGAAGGUCGAGGGAAAGUCCGUAAAUCCCUUGCAAUCUGCAUUUUCGAUUCUCAUCAAUCAAGGACGAGGAGGAAAAGAGAGAGAGAGACGUGCGAGAGUAACGUAAAGGAAUUUUCAUCUCUUGGAGCGUCCAAUUUUCUUUUUAUCACGUUUCGAUUGAUUCGCAAUUCUCUCAAUCGCGAGUAUGCCGCCUACGCCGAGCAAGCUAAACCUGAGCUUCGCCAGAAAUGCUUACAGCGUCUUUGGUAGUCGCAACGCGACUAUUGCGAACGAGCAUCAGCGUGAACAAAAAACGGAAUUGUUGGAGGGUACCAGGGCCAAUGGUAUUUUACAUUUAAAGAAUGGCGUGGAUUACGUUAAUCCCGGCGAGGAAGACCAGAUGGAAAUUUAUGGCUACAAACGGAAUCGCGUAUGGACUAUUAUUGUCUGGUUUCUGAUUAUCAUCACCGGAGGCCUUUUGCGGCUGGUUUUUCAUUGGGUACCGCAUCUGAUGCUCCAGAUCACUCAUUUCAAAUGCCCUCUGGAGGAAGCGGAAACUGUUUUGUUGAUUGAAAGAUUUCAAGGGAAGCACACGAGUUAUUACGUGAAGAAAUUGAGAAUCUUGACCGCUCGGGAAGUUAUGUUAGUAAAAUUCUUCAUAUUUAUUAGAUUCAAUACCAACAGAAUCGUGAUGUUAACAGUCGUCAUUUUGCCCUGCAGAAAUAAAUCCUUCAAUGAAGAAUCUCUAAUUGAUGAAGCGUGGGAUGGUAAUACAAUAACAAUCAAGGAAGAGAAGGAAACCUAUCCGACGUUGUCCGUACAUCUUUGUGGUGGUCAGUUUAAACAGGUGCCAUCCAUCAUUACCUUCCAUUGCAAAAAAUUGACUUAUGUGUGGGACCCGGAAAGAUCCGAGUUUUUGAAGCUGCGUGGUCUCGAUACUGACGUUCUGACGUCUACUCUACAUCAAGCGCAAGGUCUUGAUUCCCAAGAACAGUACAUGAGGCGUAACGUCUACGGUAAUAACGAGAUCGUGAUUCCCGUAAAGAGCAUAUUCACGCUACUUUGCCUCGAAGUGCUUAAUCCGUUUUACGUCUUCCAACUAUUCAGCUUUUGUCUGUGGAUCGCGGACGACUAUUAUUACUAUGCCAUGGUCAUUCUCGCGAUGUCAAGCGCUGGCAUCAUGAUGGCAGUUUUCCAGACACGACGAAAUCAACAAAAUUUACGAUCGACUGUGCAUUCGUCUGACGUCGCUACUGUCAUGCGUGACCGCACGACUGGCCAAACAGCGGUGGUACCGGCCGAACGUUUAGUGCCUGGCGAUCUUUUGAUCAUCCCGUCUCACGGAUGUCUAAUGCCAUGUGACGCCGUUUUGCUGACGGGCAAUUGUAUUCUCAACGAGUCCAUGUUGACAGGAGAAUCCGUGCCCGUCACAAAAACGCCUGUUCCUUCCUCCAAUGAUGUGAUAUACGAUACCAAAGAGCACGCCAGACAUACACUCUUCUGCGGAACCAAAAUUAUUCAGACAAGAUAUUAUGGCAGCGAAAAAGUAUUGGCGGUGGUUAUCAGAACAGGUUUCAACACCAGCAAAGGCGGCCUGGUACGGUCCAUCAUGUAUCCACCGCCCGUGGAUUUCAAGUUUGAGCAGGAUUCGUACAAGUUUGUCAUAUUAUUGGCAUGCAUAGCUAGUAUCGGUGUCAUCUAUACUAUCAUAACGAAAAUUAUGAGAGGCGUUCAUGCUAGCGACAUCGCUCUGGAAGCGUUAGAUCUCAUCACUAUCGUAGUACCGCCAGCCUUGCCAGCUGCCAUGACAGCGGGACGUCUUGUAGCGCAACGUAGAUUGGAAGGUAAAAAGAUAUACUGCACGAGUCCGAGAACGAUCAACGUGUCCGGGUCUAUCGAUUGCAUUUGCUUCGACAAAACUGGAACGCUGACCGAGGAUGGUCUGGAUAUGUGGGGCGUAGUGACCGUUUCGGACAGAAAGUUUCAGUUGCCGGUCAAGGACAUUGCUAGUCUGCCAUUGUCCGAGGUUCUUAUCGGGAUGGUUACGUGCCAUGGGAUCACUAUAAUCGAUAAUCAGCUGGUAGGUGAUCCGCUUGAUCUGAAAAUGUUCGAAUCUACCGGAUGGACGCUGGAGGAACCCGACGUAUCCGACACAUCCAAAUUCUCCAUGCUCUUCCCGACGAUUGUCAAGCCGGCAAAGGACUCCAAGCUUCUCAAAAGAUUGCCCAGCGAUUUUGGCGGGACGCACAGUCGACAAAACUCCAUGUCUUCCGACGUGAUUGAUGCUAUAUCCCUCAACAAUCUCCACGAUGCUGCAUUUAGUGAUUCCACGACGGAACUUGGCGAGCAGAGGUUGGAAGUGGGCAUCGUUCGGCAAUUUCCCUUCACAUCGAGUCUUCAAAGGAUGAGCGUAAUUACUAGGACACUGGGCGCUAAUCAUUACGAUCUUUAUUGCAAGGGCAGUCCGGAGAUGAUUCUUAGUCUCUCGAAAGCAGAAUCUAUUCCUCCGGACUUUGCGGCCGUAUUGCAGGAAUACACAUCCGAAGGUUAUCGAGUUAUUGCCAUCGCGCACAAGUCUUUAAACCGUCUUCCGUACGCUAAGGUGCAACGUAUAAAUCGCGAGGCCGCUGAAGUCGAUUUGACUUUCCUAGCGCUUAUAAUUAUGGAGAACCGACUAAAGCCGGAGACCUCGCCGGUGAUUGCCGAGCUGAAUACUGCCUGUAUCAAAACGGUAAUGGUGACGGGCGACAAUAUAUUGACGGCCCUCUCGGUAGCUAGGGAUUGCGAUAUAGUGAAACCAGGCAUGCCGGUGAUUGCUGUCUCGACGAUUCAGCAGAAUCUGCUAAAGCCGCAAAUUUACUUUACGAAGAGCGAUAGUCAACCAUCACCGGUUUCGCCAAACGGCCAGGCCGAUCUUAGCGAGAUGACUGAUUUGAACAGCGUGGUUAGUUUGGAAACCGUCGAGAGCGGCUCUUUUGGCAACACUAAAUUGGAAAACGAUAUAAAUUAUCUUUCAGAUGAAGUACAAUAUUCUAAAAGUAAGUACGUGUUUGCAUUGACGGGCAAAACAUGGGCUUCGAUAAGGCAGUACUAUCCGGAAUUGAUACCGAAGGUGGUCACUCGUGGUGCCAUAUUCGCGAGAAUGUCGCCGGAUCAGAAACAACAACUGGUUCAGGAAUUACAAUCCUUAGGCUAUUACGUUGCCAUGGUCGGAGACGGAGCUAAUGAUUGCGGUGCGUUAAAAGCGGCGCAUACCGGAAUCUCCUUGUCGGAUACGGAGUCUUCCGUCGCCUCGCCCUUUACCAGCCGUGAGACCAACAUUUCCUGCGUUCUGACAGUGAUACGCGAGGGUCGCGCUGCGCUGGUGACAUCCUUUGGCAUCUUCAAGUACAUGGCUGCCUAUUCGCUCACGCAGUUCAUCUCGGUGAUGCUCCUCUACGGCAUCGAGUCCAACCUGACGGAUUUCGAGUUCUUGUACAUCGACCUCUUCAUCAUUUCGUUAUUCGCUUUCUUCUUCGGCCGUACCAAGGCCUACGAAGGUCCAUUGGUGAAAAUGGCGCCGCUCAACAGUCUCAUCAGUACGUCACCGAUACUCAGUCUCAUCACCCAGCUCUUGAUCGUCGCGUUCUUCCAGUACAUCAGUUUCUGGCAUUUACAACAGAUGUCUUGGUUCGUGCCAUUCAACGUGACCGCACACGAGGAUAAAGACGACGUAGGCUGUUUGGAGAAUUACACAGUCUUCAUCGUCAGUUCCAUGCAGUAUAUCAUUUUGGCCGUGGCGUUCUCCAAAGGACCGCCGUACAGAAAGUCUCUCUUCACCAAUUAUGGUCUACUCGUUUCCUUUGUUUUCCUAACUCUUUUUUCCGCUUACCUCGCAAUGUUUCCCUUCGAGUGGCUCAUUGAUAUAUUCGAGCUCGUGCUGCCUAACGAUUUUAGCUUCCGCGUGAUUCUGGUCGUUUAUGGCGGGAUAAAUUUUGUGAUCGCGAUAUUAGUUGAGUAUCUCUUUGUGGAGUACCUUGUAUUCGGCAAGUUGCGCUAUCGUUGGCACGAUGUAGAUAAGUCGCGGCGGAAAUUCCUGGCGAUUGAGCGCGAUAUGGCGCGCGAUCUCAAGUGGCCGCCGAUCUCUCAGGAACCUUUACCGGAAGCUGCGCCGAAUGUACUGAUCCGACAGAAUGUCACCGAGCUCAAGAUCGAAAAACGGAUCGCAGAACCGUGUCUUCCCACGGAUACCAGCUUUAUGAACAGUUCGCCGCCGGUCUGCGCCAACUUCAAGCAUUUCGGUUCCGCUCGCGAAGUCACUCUCAAUCCCCGAUCUCUCUUCGACGACUGCCGGAAUACGGUGUCGAUGCAAACGGUGCCGUGCUUCGAGGACAAAGACUCAUCGCCGAGGCAAUCGAACCCGGAACCCGCUACGAAACGACGGCACAACUCGGAAUCGGAGAACGGCAUCAAUCGUUACGAGAAGCCCUACAUGAAUCACAAUACCAAUCCCAUUGCCACGCUUCCCAGGAAUCCUAACACAACCCUUCAGCCGCAGAAGUUGAGAGACUUCAAGGACGUCCUGGUGCAUCAGAGCAACGAUCGAGUGUCGCCCAACACUCAGAGUGUGCUCGAGUUAGAUAUCCUGCCGUCCUGAGGACUGAAGCAUUCGAAAGACCGUUCAAGAGGUACUUGAGUAUCGAUAAAACGACUAAUUAAUGCAGAGUAUUAUUUUGAAGCAUAUUCUCGUGGUGUAUAGCGCAAUCUUCAUUGUCGAUUGGCGUAUUUAGGGCGUUACAGCUUGAUAAUUGUGAUCGAGAAGAAUCAUAAUUUAAGAAAUCUGAUGCAGCAGCACUUUCUAAGGUUUGAACACCGGAUAAUAUUGUAACUUACCUGUUAUAAGCUCUCUUUUUAUCCGGUCCUUGUAUAAUAUCCAGAACAUGGUUUACGGAAGGAAUGGCGCUCGCUGAUUAGGAGAAUCUUGAAUUAAUGCAUUUAGUCUGUCGCGGUAUCCACGAUUAUCUAGGAUAACUAACGACGUUUACUUAAGUCACAUGAGUGAUACGAAUAAGCCGAACGUUAGAAUAGAAUUAAAGCUGUUUGCUCAUUACUAGCGAUCUCUAGAUGAUUAAUUUGGAUUCAUCUCAUUAUUCUCUCUCUUCUAUAAAGCACUGUCGUUCUUUUAGAAGUAAUUGAUACUUAAUGUGUAAUUUAUAUAUAUAUAUAUAUGUAUUAUAUAUAAGCAUUUUUUAACUUCCUAAAUAUUCUAGCUUCGGCUUAUUUAUAUUUAUUGACUCAAACUAGGGUCCCUUUUGACCCAGCUCUCCUUUGUCCUCGUCCUUCUCUUCAUUAGUAUUCGAGAGAGAGCGAUGCCAACUCUCGAGAAAGUAUUAUUAUUAUUUAUCUUUACAAUUAGAAAAAAAAUUGUAGCGACAAAUAUUGUAUACAUUAGUUCCGCACAAGAAGGAACCAAUUCGUUCCACGUGACGGAACGCAGCUAUUUAUAUUUCAAGAACAUAUGUAGACAAUUAUACAAAUGUUUCUCACAAGAUUUUAAAGCAGAGCGAGAAUUCCGAAUGCAGCUCGAAUGAUGAUCUUUUUUCACUUACAUCAUAUUCGAGCGAAUACUUAAGCGAAUUCGUGACUUAAUCGUCAUUACUUAUUGUGUUUAGCUAGAAGAAUUAGCAUUAACUGUCUGGGGCCGCUAUUCUUCCCGAGCAUCUCGAUAUGUUUCUCGAUGCAUUUCGUAGCCUGAAAUUUUUAUUUGCGUUUUUUAUUCAAAGCAGCAUGAUUAAUAAUCAUUUAUUUAGCGCGUGUAUACGCGCCCCUUGCAUUUUGCGGAACGAUGAGAUUUGACAGGCAAUUACGAAUGAUGAUCGCGAAUAACGAUAGAGAUUUGUUGCUGAUUUCUAUUUACCGAACAUUCAUUUCUAAAAUCAUUCCACUACGAAAAAUUUUAUUAUUAAAUUAUUUUAGCAGCUAGAAACGAUAUGUAAUGAUGCGAAGGGAGAUCAGAGGCUACCGGAGAGUACGUAUUAUAUAUUAGAUUUAAUGAUGAUAGAAUUAUCUCUUAAAUAUUUUGCGAUGUUAAAAUAGGCCAAAGCGAGAUACUGAUAAGUUAGAUCGUUGGAGCCGAUACGUAUUGUUAAUUAACUAUGUCAAAGUAAAUGUGUACUUAUAUGAAAUAUGUGCAACGGAACAUAGAUACUUAAACGCUAUUUGUUGUGUUGAAAAGUAGCGGUUAAAUGAAAUAUGUUUUUAAUGUAAA